UCAUUUAAGUAGAGGUGAACUUGAUUCUACAUGAGAAAAUAAAAUGUCGACGCGAAAACUUUUCAUUCAUUAGUCAACCAGAAUAUAGACAUUCUUUGUUUGUAAAAAAAAUCUUGUAAAAAUUAAAAAUCAAUUAUCAAACCGAAUAGUUAAAUGUAUUAAAAAAAGAUUUUGUGCGAUAAAUACGACAUAGUGACAUUAAGAGACGGGGAAAAUAUAAACACAAUGGAUAACGGCGAGCAAGAUGCUGGAUUCCGAUUGGCACCGAUGUCACCGCAAGAAAUAAAGCCAGACAUUUCACUACUAAAUGAAAAUAAUACUAGUAGCUAUUCACCUAAACCUGGAAGUCCUAAUCCAUUUGCAAUUGGAUUGCAGGCAAUAAAUGCAGUUGCUGCCGCCACAGCCAACCAAAAUCAAAUGCUGCAAACCACACCACCACAACAGCAGCAGCAGUAUCCACCCAAUCACCCACUGAGUGGUUCGAAACAUUUAUGUUCCAUAUGUGGAGAUCGCGCCAGUGGAAAACACUACGGUGUCUACAGUUGUGAGGGCUGUAAAGGGUUCUUUAAACGCACAGUACGCAAGGACUUGACGUAUGCAUGUCGUGAGGACAGAAAUUGCAUUAUUGAUAAAAGACAAAGAAAUCGCUGCCAAUACUGUCGUUAUCAGAAGUGUUUAGCUUGCGGUAUGAAAAGGGAGGCCGUCCAAGAAGAACGACAACGUGGUACUCGGGCAGCUAACGCUCGAGCAGGAGUCAGCGCUGCUGCCGGAGGAGGAGGUGGUGGCGGUGUAAGCAGUGUUGUUGGCGGUGGGGGUGAAGACUUUAAGCCUAGCAGUUCAUUACGUGAUCUCACUAUCGAACGCAUCAUUGAGGCCGAGCAAAAGGCCGAAUCACUGAGCGGUGAUAAUGUGUUGCCCUUUUUGCGCGUGGGCAACAACUCCAUGGUUCAGCACGAUUACAAAGGUGCUGUAUCUCAUCUCUGCCAGAUGGUUAACAAACAACUCUUCCAAAUGGUAGAGUAUGCUCGUCGUACACCACAUUUCACACAUUUGCAGCGUGAAGAUCAGAUACUUCUACUGAAGGCUGGUUGGAAUGAAUUGCUCAUUGCAAAUGUUGCCUGGUGCAGUAUUGAAUCUCUAGAUGCCGAAUAUGCCUCGCCCGGCACAGUUCAUGACGGUUCGUUUGGUCGGCGUUCACCAGUGCGUCAGCCCCAGCAACUCUUCCUUAAUCAGAAUUUCUCGUAUCAUCGCAACAGUGCCAUUAAGGCCAAUGUUGUUUCCAUUUUCGACCGCAUCCUUUCAGAGUUGAGCAUCAAAAUGAAACGUCUAAACAUCGACAGAUCGGAGCUGUCUUGCCUAAAGGCAAUAAUUCUCUUUAAUCCUGACAUACGUGGCCUCAAAUGCCGCGCCGACGUAGAAGUGUGUCGCGAAAAAAUAUAUGCCUGUCUGGACGAACACUGCCGCACUGAACAUCCAGGUGAUGAUGGUCGUUUCGCUCAGCUGCUGCUGCGGUUGCCCGCUUUGCGUUCCAUCAGCCUCAAAUGUCUCGAUCAUUUGUUUUUCUUCCGUUUAAUAGGCGAAAGAGCAUUGGAGCAGUUAAUUGCUGAGCAAUUGGAUGCCCCCGUCUGCUAAGAAAUAAUUAAAGUUUUAAUAAAAAAAAAACACAACAUCCAAAUGACUGUGUUGUGAAAUGAAUGAUGAUAAUGACAAGUCGUGGUGGUGCUGCUGUGUAUCCAUAGAAAAUUAAAUAGUGAUCUUAAAGGCCAAGCCUUGGAAGCACCAAUUACCAGCAAUGGACAUGUUAUGUGAAUAGUGGCUAUAGUUAUAUUCAGACUUUUUUUAUUUUCUUUUUGGUCAACAUUAAUGUUCUUGCUCCUUACGUAGAUUAACAAAUAAAACUAAAGUACACACAGACACCUUCAUUAACACAAACACACAUACUCAAACAACACUAAUUAAUGUUGAUAUCAAUUUGGUGGUGGUGGUGGCUGUACAUAAAAGACUUUAUUCCCCAAAACUGGACAACACACUCUUUACGCUUAAAUUUAAGGUCUCAAUAUAUGUGAUUGAGUUUUCGCUGCAUUUCCUUAGCCCUUCCACACAGUCUACAACAGUCUGCUGCUGAAAAUGAUGAUCUGAUGUUAUUUUGAGGAUAGAUAACAAUCUCUGUAAAUGUCUUUAUUUCAACAAUGACGGUUGACAUUUUUACGUGUAUAUUUUAGUUAAAAUAUGCCUUUAAUGUUAAUCAUUUAGGUUUUACAUUUACAAUAUUCUAUUUAGUUUUUUUUACGUUUGUGUUUUAAUUUGCCUUUUUUAAUUCGAUGCGAAUGAAUUUAUAAAUUUAAGUACUUUUACUUUUACUAUUUUCCUCCUUUAAUUUAGUUAUAAAUGUUUUUAUUGUAUAUUAUAUAAAUGAAAACUGACAUACAUACUAACACUUAUACAUAGAUAUAUUAUACAUACAAACAUACAUACAAAUAUAUUAUUAAAUAUAGAUAUAUUUUAUUCUGUUGAAACAACAA